AUGACGCCUCAUCCCACCCUCAAGGCGACCUUCGCCAGCCGCUCCGAGACGGCCACCCACCCCCUUAACAACUACCUGUUCAAGCUCAUGGACCUUAAGGCAUCAAACCUCUGCCUCAGCGCUGAUGUUGCCACCGCUCGCGAACUGCUCUACUUCGCCGACAAGAUCGGCCCCUGCAUCGUCGUCCUCAAGACCCACUACGACAUGGUCUCCGGCUGGGACUUCCACCCCCAGACCGGUACCGGUGCCAAGCUGGCCUCCUUGGCGCGAAAGCAUGGUUUCCUCAUCUUUGAGGAUCGCAAGUUUGGCGACAUUGGAAACACCGUUGAACUGCAGUACACCAGCGGCGCUGCCCGCAUCAUCGAGUGGGCCCACAUCACCAACGUCAACAUGGUUCCUGGCAAGGCUUCUGUCACCUCUCUCCAAAACGCUGCUAGCAGGUGGCUCCAGCGCCGCAAUUACGAGGUCAAGACUUCUGUCACUGUCGGAACUCCUACGAUAAGCAACGCCGAUGAGGACAGCGAGCAGUCCGAUGCUGAAAGGACGGAUGGGACCCCGGAUGUUCCUCUUUUUGAUAACAACGGGCGCAAGGGCAGUAUCGUUUCUACCACUACUGUCACUCAGCAAUACGAGGCGGCCGACUCACCACGACUCGUCAAGACUAUUAUCGAGGGCGAUGACUCUCUGUUCCCCGGCAUCGAAGAAGCUCCCAUCGAGAGGGGUCUCCUCAUCCUAGCACAAAUGUCCAGCCAGGGCAACUUUAUGAACAAGGAGUACACCCAGGCCUGUGUCGAGGCUGCAAGAGAGCACAAGGACUUUGUCAUGGGCUUCAUCUCCCAGGAGACCCUCAACACUCAACCCGAUGAUGCUUUCAUCCACAUGACCCCUGGCUGCCAACUGCCCCCCGAGGGUGAGGAUCAGGACGCCGCCAUUCAGGGAGACGGAAAGGGUCAGCAGUACAACACCCCGCAGAAGAUCAUUGGUGUUGCUGGCGCCGAUAUUGCUAUUGUCGGACGCGGCAUCAUCAAGGCCAGCGACCCGGAGGAGGAGGCCGAGAGGUAUCGUUCCGCGGCGUGGAAGGCUUACACGGAGCGUGUUCGGUGA